CAUUUAUUUAAAAAUUAUAUCCAGUCAUCGAAAAAAUUACAAAUGACGCGUUCCAUCGUCUUUGGGCACACAGAUGUAGGAAAUAUUGCCUUCAAAAAGCAAAACGUCGUCGUCGUAGGGUAGUAAACUUAAUUCUCCGAAAGCCCAGUGGCCACUCGAGAAUGCCCGAGAGAGUAGAGAUGGUUUUGGAGAAGGAAAAGUAAUUCCGGCUGGGUUUGGCGUCAAAAGCGCGGUGAUUUGGUACACUGUGUCCUCCGAGCGUGUGGAAGCAGAGGCUGAGCUGGUUGAGAAGACUGUGAGUCAGUGAAUUUGAGAGUUUGUUGAGUAGAAGGAAGAGAGAGAGCGAGCUUUGGUCAAACCAAUAUGAGGAAGCGAGAUUUGGCCAUUCUCAUGCUCUCCGCUUUCGCUAUCUUCUUCUCUCUUCAGCAUGAGGGCGAUUUCUCAUUCAGAGAGGCAUGGAUGCAUCUUUCCGAUGAGUACCCGAUCAAAUACGAAGGCGAUCGUCUUCCGCCGCCUAUCGUCGCCGAUCUCAACGGUGAUGGCAAGAAAGAAGUCCUCAUCGCCACCCACGAUGCCAAAAUUCAUGUUUUGGAACCCCACAGUAGGCGUGUGGAUGAAGGAUUCAGUAAUUCGCGUUUGCUGGCAGAAGUGAGCCUAUUGCCGGACAAAGUUCGUGUCUCUUCCGGUAGACGUGCCGUAGCAAUGGCGGCAGGCGUCAUCGAACGCGCUAAACCCGGGAGACCACCGAAGCAGGUCUUGGUUGUUGUUACGUCGGGCUGGUCCGUCAUGUGUUUCGAUUCCAACCUCAAAAAGCUAUGGGAAAAUAGUUUGCAGGAUGAUUUUCCGCACAAUGCUCAUCAUAGGGAGAUUGCAAUAUCAAUAAGCAAUUAUACCCUGAAGCAUGGCGAUGCUGGACUGGUGAUUGUUGGUGGAAGGAUGGAAGUUCAGCCUCAUAUUCUCUUGGAUCCUUUUGAAGAAAUUGCAAUGGGAGAUAAGAGUGCUGGGCAGCAUGGAAGAAGUGCUACUGAAAAGCCUUCUGAAAACUCAGGCGCUGCAGAUCUACGCCAUUUCAAAUUUUAUGCAUUUGCUGGUGGCUCUGGUACUAUUAGGUGGAGCGGAAGAAAUGAGAAUAUUGAAGGACAUUCUUCAGAUGCAUUGAUUCCACAGCAUAACUACAAGCUUGAUGUUCAGGCUCUUAAUAGUCGUCAUCCAGGAGAGUUUGAAUGUAGGGAAUUCAGAGAGUCGAUCUUGGGAGUUAUGCCACAUCAUUGGGAUAGGAGAGAAGAUACCAUGUUAAAACUGGCACACUUCAGGCGGCAUAAAAGGAAAACUUUGAAGAAAACACCAGGAAAGGCUACAAGCUUGCCUUUUUACAAGCCCCAGGAGAAUCAUCCUCCAGGGAAGGACUCCACCAAGAAAAUUUCAAACUUCAUUGGAAAAGCAGCAGAGUAUGCUGGUUCUGCAAAAUCCAAAAAGCCGUUUCAUUAUGUUCCUACAAUUACAAACUACACUCAACUUUGGUGGCUUCCGAAUGUUGUUGUGGCUCAUCAGAAGGAAGGAAUUGAAGCUGUUCAUUUAGCAACUGGUCGCACUCUUUGUAAGCUUCAUCUUCAAGAAGGUGGCCUUCAUGCUGAUAUUAAUGGUGAUGGAGUGCUAGAUCAUGUCCAGGCUGUAGGGGGAAAUGGUGCUGAGCAGACUGUUGUUAGUGGAUCCAUGGAAGUACUCCGACCAUGUUGGGCAGUUGCAACAUCAGGUGUACCAGUUCGAGAACAGCUAUUUAACGCUUCUAUAUGUCAUCACUCCCCUUUUAACUUUUUCCAGCAUGGAGAAUUUUCUAGAAACUUUGGUCGAAGCCAAGAUGUAGCUUCCUUGGAGGUUGCAACUCCAAUUCUCAUCCCAAGAGAUGAUGGCCAUAGGCAUCGUAAGGGUAGCCAUGGUGAUGUUGUCUUCUUGACAAAUAGAGGGGAGGUGACAUCAUACUCCCCUGGUUUGCAUGGACAUGGUGCUAUUUGGCAGUGGCAGCUCACAACGGGUGCUGCGUGGUCUAAUCUUCCAUCACCUUCAGGGUUGAUGGAAGCUGGUACUGUAGUCCCUACACUGAAGGCAUUCUCACUGCGUGGUCAUGAUAAUCAACAAAUGAUACUUGCAGCAGGAGAACAAGAGGCUGUAGUAAUUUCUCCUGGAGGAAGUAUCUUGGCAUCUGUUGACCUUCCUGCACCACCUACACAUGCCCUGGUAUGUGAGGAUUUCUCAAAUGAUGGACUCACUGACAUUAUUCUCGUGACCUCUACUGGCAUGUAUGGUUUCGUCCAGACUAGGCAACCAGGAGCUCUCUUCUUCAGCACAUUGGUUGGUUGCCUUAUACUCGUAAUGGGAGUCAUAUUUGUCUCGCAACACCUGAAUUCUAUUAAGGGGAAGCCUCGAGUUUCAUCUGGUGGCCUUUGAAUCCUUACUUAUAGACAGUAUAUUAACUGAACAUUGUCAACCCUGAAAAAGCCACUGAAAUGUCGAGAAGUUACUUCAGGCCAGUGUCUGCAUCAGAUCAAGGAUUACAUACCUUAUGGAUAUGAGAUUGUUAACCCUCUUCCUUCUGUUGCAGAAUGUACUUGAGGAUGAGCCUUUGCUUUGUAAAACAUUUAAUAUGUAUCUUUGUAGCAAGGCUUCCAGACAGAUAUCCUUAAAGGUUUUUUGGGUAUUUUAAAACCAAUCAUUUAGUCGUUGUAAAAUAUGGCUGCAUAUGGCAUGGCAAGUAAUAGUCCCGAAACUUUGUGAA